AUGAACCGCCAUCUUGACUCCAGUGCUUCUACUUAUCACUUAUCACUUAUCAGUAGGUUAGAUUCAAACCCGAUAGUAAGUUCAACGACAUAAAGAUCUUCAUUUGGAGUAACUAGGAGUAAGUCCGGUCGAUAUAUGUCACCAGUUAUAAAAAAUGAUAUAUUUAGUUAUAGAAUUAUGUCUCCAAGUAAAGCGCUGAAGGUACGAUUGGCAGCCGGCUACCACGUGUAGUAGGGUUUCAGGACACAAACAAAAGGAACAUUCGGGACUUAAAGCUAACCCCAUCUUGUAAGAUUUUUUCGCUUAGGAAGAGAGCAAUUUAUGUAACGGACGGUGAAGUUGAAAAUGUUCUUUGGCAGUUUUGAUUGAGCCGCAGACCAAAGUGUGUUUAGGGACCGGUCAUAGAGUAUUUACUAGGGGUGUGGAGGAUAUUUUUGGGGGUACGAACAAACCCCAGAACCUCUGAGCGGGGUACGAAAAAAAACCAGAACCACUCGGGGGUACGAAAAUCUUAGUACUAUAGGUAGGGAAAAAAAUUAAAUUUUAUAAUUAUUGUUGAACAUUGAAUGUAUUUGUGCCCGAAUUUAAGUUUGGAAAGAAUUGUUUUACUAAUGUCAGAUGAUAAGUGGGAUUCAGUAUCCGUGGAACUAGUUUGGACUACAAAUCUGAUACAUCUGAAUUGUCAAUGCUAGCAAGCUCGCACCAUUAGAACCUGAUGAGAAAGUGUCACAUUGAAUGGAAGCAAAAUUUUUCUGUUUGAAAUAAACCCAAUCUCGUACCCAGAGCUCAACCAUGGCUCUGGGUACGAGAUUGAAAUAAACCAAAAAUAAUUUUUUCUGCUUGUUCUUACUCUCAGCCCAUCGCUAGUAUAUCAGAAAUAGAAAAGACUGGUAACGAAUCGGAGACUGCGGAAAAUGUUGAGGAUAUAUAUGGUUACCACUACAAGAAGUGGGAGAGUUAUCACAAACGCAAGACAAAUGUUAAAACAGAAUUAAUGAUAGAAAAGGGGGGGGUGAAAAUUUUCACUUACAUUGAAGGGGGUUACGAAAAUUUUUCCAUAGGUUUUUGGGAGGGUAUGGAAAUACGUACUUGAAAUUUCAUUUAACCUCCACCCCCCUCUAGUAGUUACUUUAUGACCGGUCCCUUACGUGCAAACGAUAUCAGAUUUUUUCGAUCUAUUGCCGUCCCCAAACUUGAUACGACAUGAAACCAACUGAUCAUAGUCUCAUUACUAUAUCGUGGUAUGAUUAUUACAAUAUCAGACUCGUUGGAACACCUUGUUGCGAUCUACUGUCACCGACCUUGUUACAACUUGUCAACAACUGGCAUGGGUAGUGGGUGCAAGUAGUGCGAACACAUCGUGUUGCCAAGCUGUGAAAUAUUUACGUGUACAUGGUCAGUCUAGGGAGACAUAGAAAACUGACAUAAACUAAGACACAUAUUGCAUUAAUAUAUUUUCAAUAAAAGAAUUGAAAUUUUUGCGAUCUUUUACCGUCUCCACCCUUAUUACAACAUGAAAAGAACUUGUUUCAGACUUGCCGACAACUGGGAACAAACAGCUGCUAAUACAUCUUGUUAACAAAGUGUGAAAUUAGUUAGACCGCGAGCAGUCCCUCGGGAGAAACGCAAAAUUCCCAUUGGUCGAAAUCAAUGUGCCUGUCAAUCAAAUCUGAUAUGUAGCGUAGUAAUUAUGCUAUAAAUAAUCUCCAGACUGAAUGUUGAUUUUAUAAAUAAACAUGACAUUAACGGUUCCUAUUGGAUAGAUUUAAUUGGACAUAAGUAAUGUUUAUGCAUAGGCAGUGAGAGCCAACUUGACACGAGCGAAAAGUGGGCGUAUUUCGCUUCUUGAUGUGUUGCCGGCAGUCCCUCCUUUCCCCUCGCACGCCCGGGAAGCUAAGUCCGUGCAAAGGAGGGAUCGAUCACAGACUAGGUCAGUCUAGAGAGGCGUCUGAAUAUAACAUAAACUAAGCAUUAUUAGUAGACCGUCCCCCUGCGUCCCCCACGAUAUUUUAACACAGAAAUUGAAAUCAACAAAUCCAUAUAUUAUCAAUUGGCUCAUUAAAUAUUAUUAAUUGGCUCAACAAAUCCAUAUGUUAUCAAUUGGCUCAUUAAUUUUAUAUCGUGUAGGAAACAGAGAGUUACUGUAGAUGGAACUGUUACCAAUUUUGUCAACAUCAACAGAGGAGUACCUCAAGGUACAGUUCUUGGCCCCUUCUUAUUUUCGUUAAUGGUCAACGACGUUGACGCCAAACAUCCACAAACGAACAAUUUGGUCAAGUUUGCAGAUGAUUUACCAGUGAGUGUUCCUGUCACAUCGUCUGGUGACUCGGCUUUGGACGAGGUAACUAACAUUAAGAGUUGGGCAAGCCACAAUAGAAUGAAACUCAACUUUAAAAAAAACUGGCAAAUGUUACUAUGUACUCGUUCACCUGCCAUACCUCCCCCUAUUAAUGGAAUACGACGUAAAAAUGGUUAA